AUUUCAGAGACGUAUUUACGUUAGAUUCUCCGGAACCGUGGUUCCACUGUCAACUUUUGUUUCGCAAGGCCAUGCGUGGUCUUUGGACUGGUAUGAGUCAUAUUUUAGUUGGUGUAGCAACGUUGUGGUUUAAAUUAUAAAGUCAAGGAUUCAGAUGAAUUUGAAUUCAUCAGAUAAAGGCAGUAUCCAGUCUGCCUAUCAGUUGAAUGAAGAAUUUGGAAAAGUAUCACUUGAAAGGGAUUCGGCGUUUGAAUACAGUGAAGGGGAUGACGUUUUGUAUGUCACACAGCAAGAAAUUCUUUCAGAAAAUUUUUGUUACAAUGUUAAGAAUGUUCCACUCUUAGAUUCAGGAGAAGGUUCAAGUGGUGAUGCACAGCCUGCAACAUGGGGAUGCCUGGCAUCAGAUUCAGAGCUUGUAGAUUGUGUUGUGGGUGAGCUUGGGCCAGAUGAAGUACGUUGGUUUUAUAAAAGUGAUUCAGAUAAACGUUGGAUUGAAUUUAGUGGUUAUGAUUCUCUUCGAAUUGAAUCAAAAUAUCGGAAUGUAUAUCACGAUUGGCAAUAUUAUAAUAAAUAUAGCAACAAAGAAAAUUCAUCAGAAACAUGUUUUGAUGAGACAUCACCCAUUGGUCAAAGUGCCUUACCUUUGGAUAUUAGUAACAGUGCUAGUUACAGUUCUGAAUGUAAUGGGACUGGUGCUACACAGACAUUAGACUCUGAGCAGUAUAGAAUUGUGGUGCGUGGAGGAAUGUAUGAAGUGGAUUUAAACACCUGUAAAUGUGAUUCUAUCUACUGGCCAGGUAGAGGAGAAGAGUGUGCAAUUACCCGUGGUAUAUGGUUUUAUGACGGUUCAUGGAUACCAGUUGAUACUGAAUGUAGUAAUAUUCUGGAGAAUGUUCAUCUAGAACUAUUCUUUGGUAAAAAGUUGUCUGAUUACAUUACUGAACCAUGUAACAAGACUCCUAAGGCAGUUCUGCACACCGAGUCAUUUACAGAGUUCCAUGUUGAUUGGUAUUCACCGACUGAAGUUUAUCAGUACAGUGAAGCAGCACCAUCCAAACUUGUCCGUACCUUCACCCAGAGGCUUGGCUUUCAAAAAUCUACUGGUUACCGUUUGUGCCGAGGAUAUAAAGUUCAUGCUACUGAUUAUGACCGCCCAGUGGAUAUCACACACCUUGUGUUUGUGAUUCAUGGCAUCGGUCAGAAAAUGGAUACUGGACGCAUAAUUCGCAACACAUCUGCGUUUCGUGAUUGUGUGACGUGGUUAAAGCAGAAGUAUUUUGCAUCCUCAGAGAAUCGUGUAGAGUUUUUUCCAGUUGAAUGGAGGUCAUCACUGAAACUUGAUGGAGAUACUGUGGAAGCUAUCACACCCCACAAGCUACUGGGACUGAGACAGCUUUUGAACUCCAGUGCUAUGGACAUCAUGUAUUACACCAGCCCACUAUAUGGCUGCGAGGUUCAGCGUGGGCUUUUGGAGGAACUGAACAGAUUGUACACCAUGUUCACACAGCGAAACCCAUAUUUCACAUCCAGUGGUGGCAAAGUAUCUGUGAUUGCACAUUCUCUGGGAUGUGUUAUUGUGUAUGAUAUUGUGACGGGAUGGAGAUCUGACUUGUGGCAGGUUGGCACUCUUCCUCAUCCUCAUUGUAGUGCUGAUGAUUCAUCAUUACCAGAAACACCAAGACAAGAAUUUUUGUCACCUGAGAAUCCACGUCUUCGAUUUGAAAUUGACAAUUUGUUUUGUCUGGGUUCACCAUUGUCAGUGUUUUUGGCAUUACGGAUGCGGGAUCCACAGGCUCCUGGUCAAGUCGAGACUAUUCUGCCUCCGUCCCUCUGCAAGAAAUUUUACAAUGUUUUUCACCCCACCGAUCCUGUUGCAUAUAGGAUGGAACCCCUUCUGUUGCGAGAUUAUAGCAAAAUUGCUCCACUACAGAUACAGGCUUAUAAUGCCACAGUUCGUAUAGACUAUAAAGAUAUGCCUCUUGAACCAAUAGUUCCUGAAAUAACCAGCAGCAAUGAUUGUAGUUCAUCUGUAUCGAAACAUCGGGAAGGUCUGGAAGAAAUGGAAGCUGACUCUCCUAGCAACACUCCCAGCAAAGCUUGGAACAUUUGGGGCUUGAUGCGCUGGAACAAGAAACCGCAGGAUGAAGCAGAAGGAAGAGGAUCACCUCAGUUUGAUGCGCUACCUGCAGGUCACCAUCAGCGUCUAGACUAUGUAUUGAGAGAAACAAACCUUGCUGGCAGUUAUUUUUCAGCACUUACGUCGCAUACUGCUUACUGGAACAAUUAUGAUGUGGCAUAUUUUGUUUUGACAAGACUUUUCCCUGAUUUGGAGGCUCAGCAGCUGCUGCAGCAGCCUUCAGCAAGCAUCUCACAACAGUCACCAGCUUCUACGGAAGCUUCCUCAGCCAACAAGUAACUCAUCGGAUGCUUGGAAAUUAACUGAAUUGUGUUGUAAGAUAUGCCAUAUAUUUCCGUAUCCACAUAAAAUUGGUUCCAAAGAGUUUUUUUUUCUUUCUCUGAAAAUUAUGACAGGUUGAAUGUUGUCAUAAGAAAUCCUUAUUAAAUGAAACAGGGUCUUCACUCUUGUAUUGUGUUUGCUGCUUUAUAAAUAACUGGAUCUUCAAAUGAAAGCACUGUCUUUAUAUUGCUAUAACUUGCAAUGUAAUUCAGUUGAUUCCAAAGGUUACAGGGUGUGAUCAUAAAGUAUUAUAAUAACUCCAAAGUUUUAAUUGUAAUUGAUAUCCUAUUCCCAUAUAUUUAUUUUUGAGGAUCAUCUCUGCACUAAAAUCUUCUAACAUGACCAGCUGUGUCAAUUCAGAACAGGAUUCAAACGUUUUGGAGGCCCUGUUUGUUUUCAUCAUUCCCUGACAGUGGAGUGGGGGGGGGGGAAGUGAGAGAGAAUCUGUAACAUUGGACACCUGUUCUGAAAUGACAUAGCUGGUUGCCUGAGAAGAUUUUAUUGUUUAGUUGCUGCAAAGCCUUAAGUCAUAUAUGAUUAUCUCUGUCAUCACACUCAUUUGAAAGAAUCAGCUGCUGAAGUUUUUCUUUAUACUUCAAUUUCCAAAAUUUUGUGGUUGUGGCAUAAAGCAGACCAUCCUCUUCCUGUGGGAUUUUAUAUGCUUAUUUGUACACACGAAAGGCGUAGUGUUUUGGAAACUUCAUGAUUGCAUUGUAAUUACUUUUAUGAGUUUUUAGGUGAUGAGAAUGAGAUAAAUUUUUUAAGCUUGUGGUUUGCUAGUUGGAUUACAUCAGCUUUUCAUUAUUCUUUUAGUGGAUAAGUGCCUAUAUGAAACAAAAUUGCAAUUGUAAGAUGGAAAUAUUAAGGGUCAAGUACAAAAGGAAAUUGUAGUGUAAUUCUGUGAUUCCGGCAUGAGUUUAAGACUUCAUUUUAAUGAGUUUGGCUGUAAAUCUUUCAUGCAGGAAGGUCAGAUGCUUUUGUCAAAUUGGGCUUGUGGAGAUUUGGACAGCUAGCAGAGCUGGAAAACCUACAGUGUAAACAUACUACAAGUAAAAGUUAUACAUAUUACUGCAGAUGCUGAAAAUGCUGUCUUUUAUGCAGCACACACUCCUGGCAACUCCCUGUAAUUUUGCAUUCAGAUGUUGAAAUCUCAGAAAACAGAUAAAAGUUCUCUUUGAAUCUUUUCGUUAACUUCUUGAAUUGUGUUCGGAUUGGUCUCUAAACUUUUUGUCCUUAUAUUCCCCCAUAAAUAAAAGUUACACAGGUUGAGGUUGGGAAAGCAUACCAGCCACAAACUGCUACUAUUAACUGUCUCAAAAAUUUCCCUCAGAUUGUCCUUGAAUGAACUUUUAAUGUUUUCCAAAUUGACCCAGUUAUGCAUUUCCUGCAGGAAAUGCAUAGUGAGAACACAUUAUGGGCUCAUUGUGUCUGUCUUUCCGUCCGUAUAGUCGAUUCAACUCGAGAAGCACUGGAUAGAUCUGAAUGAAAUUUGAUGUGGUGGUUGUGCUAUUCUGCUCGAUUUCAAAAUUGUACUUUUGAAUAUCCUACGAGCAGUGAUAACAGAAUGAUUAAUAUGAAGCUUUGUGGAAGUUGGGUUGACAAUUUUGAAAUGUCUCCUGUGCUUUGUGGUGGGGGGAUUUACAAUUAGAGUGUUCAAGGCUAGCACCAGUUUUAUCCAGUUUGUGUUCAGUGAUCACUUGAUGACAUUUUGAUUUUGUGUUUUAAUCUUGUAAUAACACUGAAUCUGUAACCUCAUGAAACUUACACUGGAGUCUUCUUACAUUUCUUAAAGAACCACUUUUCACAUAGAUGUUGUGGUGAACACUUGUGCCAAUUUAUAUCUUCCACUUAGCAUUUUGACACAGGAAAUAAUGAUGGAAUGAAUUUUAUUAAUGCAGGUUCAUGCCUGGUACAGUAAGGGAAGUUCAUGAUACUCAAGGGGUACAAGUGAGCUGUUUGAUAAUGCAUAAGCUUACUUCAUUGUUGCACUGUCCAAAAUCUCACUACAUUUUAUUACAAACUUUCAGGAACCUUCUAUGUUUUUAGUCCAUUCAACACCAGGUCCUUUCUUUCUCAGUAAAUUUUAACACAGAAAUGUUUCUUUUUUUGAGGUGCCUGCUAAAUGUGUUCUGGUAUAACAUAGGGUGCACUAUAAAAUGUUACAUGUAUUGGUAUAUGAAAUAGAGGGUUAAAUAUUCAUAGUGUAAUGAAAUUUAAACUGUCUCCGUGUUCUUAACACGCAUGCAUGCAUGCAUCAGUUAUCUUGUGAUGAUCCUAAGGCAGAUUCUGAAAUAACAGUUUGCUUGCUUUACAAUUACUCCUCUUCCAUUAUGUAUACAUUUAUUAUGGAAUUAUAAGAUAUUUACAUUAUCAUUUUGACUUACAAAUAACAGAACUUGGAAUUAGUUGUACUUUAUAGUGUGUAAAACUCUCUUUGAAGAUGGAUAAUGUUUAGAAACCAUACUCAGUACAAUUCUCUUGAAACCACUUUUUACUCUCUUUUUCUGCUAUGACAGAAAAGUAGUCACUGGCAUUGACCAUAAUUUUGAUGGAGCCCUCUUCUAGGGGUUUUAAAACCUGUUUACAAACAAGUCAUUAAAACUAUGAGCAAUUAUCUAUGAUAAUUGGACCUCACAUUGGUGGAGGUGAAUGACUGAUCCUUUUGCUGUCAGGAAUGUAGUCUAUUUUUGCUUGUGCAUGGCACACAAUAAGUCUACUGCCUUGGCCUGGAUGUUUAAGAAUGGUAAGAUUUAGGGUGAGAGGAUAUAUGCCAAAUGAACUUGUAUUAACUUUAAAAUUCACUUACGCAUGAUCACAGACAUCUUAAAUACCCAUAAUAUGCAUAGUGAACCUUGGGCCAGGCCCAUUAUCAACCCGUGUGGUCAAAAUCACUGCUCAACAUAACAGUUCUAUACAACAUUGGAGGGCUUUCCUUUUCUGAUGGGUCCUACCAAAUGCAUUAUUUAAAAUGGUUUUGGUUAUCCAUGUUUAGGUUAGUGUUUAGUGCACAGACCACAUUUCCUGAAUCCUAAGGCUGUGAAAUGUAAGGAAUUUGAUUUGAGCAGCCAAAAUGUCUCAUCUUUCCAUGAGGAAUUUGCAUUGAUCAUUGUUUCCUGUUUCAACCCUUCUCUUAACAAAAGUUUUAACUUUGAUAAUACAGAACUCCCAUAAUUAACUUUGUUCCUCAGUUCAUGAGCAAGUUUCUUUGCAUUAGGAUAUACUCUGCCAUGAAAUCUGAAAAUAGUUGUACAGAGAAUAUAAUUACCAAAGUUUGUUACCUGUUUCUGUGUAUUAUUCUCCUUUCUUAGAGACUUGGAUAUUGGAAAACUAUUUUGUCACUCUGAUAUCUUAGUCUCAGUACAAGUCCAUGAUACUGUGCAUAAAAUGUCUGUACAAGCCUGAACAGUCAGUUCCUCUAUCUUUGGGAAUGUUAUUUUGACAUGCUCCUCAUUCAAAUACAAUUUCUUCAAAAAUGUUUAUGCCAAAAAUGAUGUUUCUAUUUUGUCAGCACAAUACUUCACUGUUUACUCCUCCUGCACAGAUGUCAUAAAAAUACAAGGCUUGCACUGACAUCAUCCCAGUAUCCAGUUCUGUUUGUUGGUGUUAGUAGGUUUUAGUAGGAAUUGCACUCAGCCACAGCUAUACUUGGCAACACUGGAGGGUUGCAUGAUACAGUGAUUCUCUAUGUCCGUAUAAAAGUUGUGCCUCAAAAACCUUUAAGCAUUCUGCAUAUUCUUAAUAUCACAAUACUGCAGACAGUGGUGGGAUGUAUAGAGUCUAUUUUCUUACAAUAAUAAACACAUUAAUUACAUGCAAAUGGUCAAGUAUUUUGGACCUGUCUUCACAUUUCAUAGUAAGCUGAAUAUUUGUCUUUGAGAGUCUUAACAGUACUUUGUGUCUUGUAUUAUACACAAGUUGUUGUGUGCCUCAAAAUAUCCUACAACCUCCCAAAGGAUCACAAACCUCCAGUUGAGAAACAUUUGGUCUUGCUGAGUAAUUUACACUUCAACAUAAUUGUAAUCCAAAUAUUGGUGUUGAAGUAAGGUGACCACACAAAUAGUUCUACUUCAUUAAUAUUAAAGUGUACUUUCGGAAUGAGUUGAAUCUUAUUAGGAAUUGUAACAGAGUAUUUUUAAUAACUAAAAUAUUUGCUUCUAACCCAAGUACACAUUGGAAACAGUCAUAAUCAUCUUUCUUCCUUUCUGAAUAGAGCAAUUUUUUUAGGGUGGUACCACUGGAAUUGGUAAUAAUUCUUCAAAGGAUGCAGCAUUUGAUAAGGGUGUAUGGAGAUCAGCAAUGUUAUCUGCAAGACAUUUAUUCAUUGUUGGCACAAGUUCAUACUCGGACAUCAUCUGCCAGUAUAUCAGGGUUGUAUGGGUCGAUUCCUCAUUUUUUAAAUCCACUAGUAAACUUUGCCAACUGUUGUAGACUUAUCCCAUUCCAGCUUCAACAGGUCGCAAAUGUCUUCCUUGGUAAUUCCCUUCCCUGGAUGCCAUCAGAGCCUGGCAUUGUGGGUUCUAUGGGACAGGGUUGUAGGCACAAUAUUAUUCCAAUGCCUAAUUUUUAUUCUUUCUCAAGCACAUGCAGAUCUUUGGAAUGGGAUGGAUAUCUAAUAUUAGUAGAAAUAAUCCUUGUGGUUUGUACCUACUGAUGUGAUCAAGGAACACUGAGAGCUCGGGCGUCGUAUGCCGAGAAUUUGACGUUUACACAGAGGACACAUUCGGUGUCUGGCCUGAAGAUAGUUGCAGUCCUGUUUUGUCUGUAAUGGAAACUCUAUCAGGCUCUUCCCUCAACUAGAGUUCAUCACACUUUGGCUUCUGAAGAAUUUUCCAACUUCUUAUUUAGGUCUUUUGAGCAAUCAUAUGACAGACCCUGAGCCUGCUGUAUGGUUAAGUUUUGGUUCAUGCAUAAAAAAGUAGUCAUACCCUGUAAUUUUUUUGUCUGAAUUAAUUUUAUGUUUUAGUACAUUCUUUUCUGAAAAGUGAAUGACAAUUGUCUGACAUUGACAGUCAGUCUAGACCUAGAAGUAGAUGGUGGUGGACUAACUGAUCUUCUGUGGUUGUGCAUUCAUUGUAUCACUGUUCCCUUGUUGUCUGUUGCUUGCAGUGUCUGUGGUUAAUCUCACUCUUCCUGUGUUUCUAGGAACACCAAAUUUGUUUGUUGCAGUUGCUAGUGACAUUUUGUUUUCUACUUAAUUUACUGCUGCAACUAUAUUUUCUGGCUUCUGUUGCUGAAGCUUGCCUUAGUAAUAGUCCAUUUAUGGCAUCUUUGUAUACCUGAAAGUAAAUUAAAUACCAUAUAGUUGUAACCAAAAGAGAGACAUCAGGGAGAAUUCAGCAUGUUGAGAUCUCCCCAGUGUCGAAACCUCGAACCUACACAAUCACCAUACAGACUUCAGCAUUGGUCACAACUGAAGCUUUUUUUAGUAGCCAAUUGUAUUGCCAACCCAUGGUCUGAUCAUGACUAUUGCCACUAAUAUUAGUAUAAAUUAUUUUUUCUACUUAUUUGUGGUUUAUUUAAUUACGUUGUUAAUAGCUCACAUUAUAUUGCAUCGAAAUAUCAGUAUGGUGACAGCUAAAUCACCUGAAGAGAAAGUCAAGCCAGUUUUGAAAUGUUGUGUAUUGUAAAUAUACCCCAGACAGUGUGGUCAGUGACAAGCAUAAUUAAUUACAGUGUGAAAAAUCAACCAUCAUAAAAUUUUUAGCAAGUCUCUCCAUACAAAGGAUUGGAUAAGCACAUGUGCUAGAGCAGUAACCUACAGAGAAACUUAAAAAAGUCCUUUGUCACUAAAUUUACUGCAGAGUAUCGACAAUGAAGACCGAAUAGUUCAGUACUUUGUAAGCUACUGCUAAGGAAACCAUGAGAGACAUUGAGACAGUUUACUGCAAGGAUAGGAUGUUUAAUCUUGUUUGGUCUCUUGUAAUUACUUUCACUCACUCCUCACAUCUGGCCAGAUUGUAAAGUUGAUGGCUAGCGCUGAAUUUAGUGUCUGCAGCAUUGCCUCCAUAUGACCUACAUGCCUCAUGGUGUUGUAUUUAGACACUAGGAUACUGUUUCACUUUUAUUUAAUGUUCUCACUUAAGUGUUACUCAGAUCACACACACUUUCAUUCAUUACAUAAUUUCAGACACCAAACAGUGUUCCAUUGUCUGAAUAUGAUGGGAGUACUUUCCACUUCUUUUCCUGUUUAAAUCGCAGGCUUGUCAUGAAUUAAGAUGUUCUCAGUUGAAAAAUGCAGCAUUGUAUAUAUGAAUGAGACUAAAAUGAUACGGAACAAAGAAAAGAACUUUUCUGGAAUGAAACUGAGAUACAUGAUGAACAAGUACAAACCCUUUCAUUGCUAGUUUCUCAUAUGCAAACAAUCUAAUGCUUAAUUCUUUGUGUUGCUAAAAAGAAACAGUUCGUCACUUGGAUUAAUGUGCUGCCAUGCUACUCAUGAAACCUUUCAUACUAUCAUGGCAUGGGAGAAAUGUAACUUCCUAAAUUCUUAUUGGAGAUUGCUUUCUAUGGCAGCUUCUUGAUGCUCAAAUUGUAGCUUGGCUUUAUGUUUAUUUUCUGUACAUAUCCCUUUUAUUUGUCAUGUUUAUUCUGUUGGCCAGCUUUGUUUCAGUCCAAAACUGUUCCUUUUCAAAAAAAUUUUGUUAGUUGUAGAGUGUGCAGUGUUUUGUAUCUGCAGUGGCAUUUUAAGACCAGAUAAUAGGUAUUUUGGAUGUUUUAUCAACAGGAUGUUGCCAGAUAUUGUUUAAGAGUGUAUUCACCAUAUCAUGGAAUAAGAAACAUUUUUGUAAUAACACCAAAGCUUUAGUAAUAUUUCUUGACAAUACUGGCCAUCAAAUUUGGACUUCUACAAGCCUUUAGAAGCAAAGGGUUAAGUCCAAAAAUGGUGGCAUUUAGAUGGACCAGAAAAUUCUUGUUGUUUCACCACAUAUAUUGAAGUAAAUAAUAAUAAAAGUUUGUGUCUAGUGUCCUGCAUAUCUUAACUGUUUACAACAUACAACAAAUGUUUGCUUGCCUGUAUAUUGUAUUGUGUAUACUCACGCUGUAUAUGUUUUUGAUAAUACUAUCAGUGUUUGUUUUAUUUACACAAUUGUUGAAUCUGCAAUAACAGGGGUCAUUUUUUUUGCAGACAUCUGUGAUAUUUUUAAGACAAAAUGUAACUGAUUAUGAAGAUAUUAUAAAUAAAUAAUACAGUGAAUUUAGGUAUUUAAGUUUUAACAUAUGUGAAGAGUUGUCAUUCUGUUUAACUGUUUGAAUCAUGUUUAUGUUUGUAAUGUGCAAGGCACUGCAAUAAGACAUUUAAAUAGUAUCCUGUGUGCUGCUUUCACCAUACGUAUAUAUGAGGGUUGCCCAGAAAGUAAUUCCCCAGUUUUAUUGUGGUUUCAAAAGUGAAACUUAUACAUUUAGCUGAUUUAUUGGGUACUUCUACAAAAAAAUUUCUUAUCACAAUCAAAUUCCCUUAAGUGAAAAUAUUAAAUAUUACAACACCAAAGGGUUUUUAAAAUAUUUUUUUGGCAGAAAUACUAAAAGCAGCUUGUGUGGGUCCUUGCUUUCAGAACCACUGUCAUAAAUGUUGAAGCUGAUUAAUUAAUGGCAGCAACACAUCUGAUUUGUAUAUAGGAUUUUUUGAAAUUAAGAUUAAAAUGAUUUUAAGAUCUACCA